CGACAACCGAAAAAAUGGCCUAUGAUCGAGGAAAUGCCGAACAGAGAAACCAGACCCAGAAAAUGAAUUGGACUGAUGAGCACAACAACAUGCUUUGCAGAGAAGUUCUUGUCGUAGAGCCUUACAAAUUUAAGAUUGGCUCACGGGAACGUGGUGCUUGUUGGGAAAAGGUGGCAAAUAAUUUAAAUGGUAUUGAACACCCUCUGUUCAUUGUUGAUAAGAGGGCUGUUCGAGACCAUGUUCUUAAAUUGAUAAGGGACUUUAAGAGAAAGAUGGCUGCAGAGGAGAAGGCAAGUGGGAUAACUAAGGAAAUGUCCGAGCUAGAUGAGGCUAUUGAGUCUAUAAUUGGGAGAAUGGAGGGAGCAGAGGAAGAAAUUUCACAAGCUGAUAAAAGUAGGUGUAAAGAGGUGGAGAGAGAGAGAGAAGCAGCAGAGAACAUUAGAAAGAGGGCAAUGGAAAGUAUUGGAGAAAGUAGGGAGAGGGAGACAUCUGAAGGUGGAUUUAAAAGGAAUAGAAUGGAAAGAAAAAUGGAUACAGCAGUUUAUUUGAAGGAAAGGCACGAUGAGGAAGUAAAUUUGAGGAAGGCGGAGGUAGAUCUACGAGAAAGGGAAAUACAGUUGAGAGAAAAGGAACAAGAGCAAAAUUAUGAGCUAAAAAAACAGGAGUUGGCAUUAAAAGAAAGGGAAAGGGAAGAUAAAGUGAAGGAAUUUCUAAUCAUGGAACAGAGAGAAACCAAAUUACUUAAUUUGAUUCAGCAACAGCAGUUACUCUUCAGUCAAAUUUCUCAGCAAAAUGUGCAGAUACUCAAUUUGCUGAAAAAUUUGACUGAAAAGUAAUGUGUAACCUUUGCUUUUCUUUGGUACAGAAAAAUGAUUUGA